CCCUGGGAAAUACCUCCCUGACUGGGGACGAAGUCAGUGUCUCACAGGGUAAUUGAGUCAUGAGGGGUGGAGAAAAGAGAGGGAGGCGGAUGAUAAAUAGGAGCGUCACUCCCCAGGCUGCUCUCUGCAUCCUCAACACCUUCCCAGCAGCAUGCAUCUCAACAGUUUUCUCAGGUCUUGCUGCCUCCUACUGUUCCUGGGGGCUCUGCCUGCCUGGGCAGCCCAUGAUGACCCCAUUGAGAAGGUCAUAGAAGGUUUCAGCCGAGGGCUGAGCAAUGCAGAGAGAGAGGUGGGCAAGGCCCUAGAAGGCAUCAAUAACGGAAUCACUCAAGCUGGAAGGGAAGUGGAGAAAGUUUUUAAUGGACUUAGCAACAUGGGGAGCCAGGCCGGCAAGGAGGUGGAACGCGGCUUGGACAAAGUAUCCCAUGGCAUCAACAAUGGCGUCGAACACGCAGGAAAUGAAGCAGAGAAGCUUGCCCAUGGGGUCAACCACGCUGCUGGACAGGUUGGGAAGGAGGCAGACAAAAUGAUUCAUCAUGGGGUCCACCAUGGGGUCAAUCAGGCGGGCAGUGAAGCAGGGAGGUUUGGUCAGGGAGCCCACCAUGUCACGGGGGAGGCUGGGAAUGAGGCUGGGAGGUUGGCUCAAGGGGCCCACCAUGCUUUUGGUCAGGCCGGGAAGGAGGCAGACAAGUUUGGCCAUGGGGCCCACCAUGCUUUUGGUCAGGCCGGGAAGGAGGUGGACAAGUCUGGCCAGGGGGCCCACCAUGCUGUUGGUCAGGCCGGGAAGGAGACGGACAAGUUUGGCCAGGGGGCCCACCAUGCUGUUGGUCAGGCCGGGAAGGAGACGGACAAGUUUGGCCAGGGAGCCCACCAUGCUUUUGGUCAGGCCGGGAAGGAGGCGGACAAGUUUGGCCAGGGGGCCCACCAUGCUGUUGGUCAGGCCGGGAAGGAGGCAGACAAGUUUGGCCAGGGGGCCCACCAUGCUUUUGGUCAGGCGGGGAAGGAGGCAGACAAGUUGGGUCAGGGGGCUCACAAUGCCUUUGGUCAGCCUGGGAGGGAAGCAGAGAAGUUUGGUCAGGAUGGUAGCCAUGCAUUUGGUCAGCCUUCAAAGGAAGCAGAGAAGUUUGGUCAGGGUGUCCACAGUGGCUUUGGGCAGGCUGGGAAGGAGGCAGAGAAGGUUGGUCAGGGGAUUCACAAUGCCUUUGGUCAGGCUGGGGAGGAGGCAGAGAAGGUUGGUCAGGGGAUUCACAAUGCCUUUGGUCAGGCUGGGAAGGAGGCAGAGAAGUUGGGCCAGGGAGUUCACCAGGCCUUUGGUCAGGCUGGGAAGGAGGGAGGCAAAGUGGUUCAGGGGGCCAAUCAGGGACUUAGCCACGCUGCGAUGGAGGCCCAACAGUUUGGCCAUAGCCAGGGCCAUGGUUAUUAUGUGGCAGGGCAGGCAAGGCAAGAGGGAGACAAAGCAGUCUAUCCUGGGAUUAGCCAGGCUGGGAAGGACAUGGAAUGGUUUGGCCAGGGUGUCCACCAUGCCUUUGAACAGGCCGGAAAGGAAGCAGACAAAGUGAUUCAAGGGGUCCACACUGGGUUCAACCAGGCCGGGAAGGAGGCAGAGAAAGUUGGCCAAGGGGUCAACUAUGCUGCUGGUCAGGCCGGAAAGGAAGCGGAGAAACUUGGCCAAGGCGUCCACCAUGCUGCUGGCCAGGCCGGGAAGGAAAUGGACAGGUUGCAGCAAGAUGUUCAUAAUGGGGUCAACCAAGCCAGCAAGGAGGCCAACCAGCUGCUGAAUGGCGCUCAUCAAGGCGGGUACACAGGCCAGCACGGAGGGGCCGCAACCACUACAGCAGCAUCUGGGGCCUCGGUCAACAAGCCAUUCAUCAACUUCUCAGCUCUGUGGAGGAGCAUCGCCAACAUCAUGCCCUAAACUGAUGCCCAGGCAAUAGAACACUCCUGUAGUCACAUCAGCUGACAUGGCUUGGAAGAGCUGGGGGUGGGGGACAAGCUUCCUGGGGGUCCUUAAGUGGGCUACGCUGAGCUCUGUGAAUAAACGUGACAUAUUGUCCUCUCUCAUCA